CCGCCGGAGCCGCUCGGAGCUGCGCGAACAUGGCCGAAGUCGGCGAGGACAGCGGCGCCCGCGCCCUGUUGGCGCUGCGCUCGGCGCCCUGCAGCCCCGUGCUGUGCGCCGCGGCCGCCGCCGCCGCCUUCCCAGCCGCCGCGCCACCACCAACCGCGCCGCUGCCGCCCGGGCCCAACGCGUCCCCGCCACCGCCGCCGCCGCCCGCCCAGCCCCCGCCCGGGCCGCCACCGCCCGUGCUGCCGCCGCUGCCCCCCGGCGCCGCCGCGGUCCCCGCCGGUCCUGUCCCCGGCCCCGGCUCGGGCUCAGGCGCGGCACCGGCGCUGGUGGCCGCGGCGGCCGCCUCCGUGCGACAGAGCCCCGGGCCGGCGCUGGCGCGUCUCGAGGGCCGCGAGUUCGAGUUCCUCAUGCGGCAGCCCAGCGUCACCAUCGGCCGCAACUCGUCGCAGGGCUCGGUGGACCUGAGCAUGGGGCUGUCCAGCUUCAUCUCGCGGCGCCACCUGCAGCUCAGCUUCCAGGAGCCGCACUUCUACCUGCGCUGCCUCGGCAAGAACGGCGUCUUCGUGGACGGGGCCUUCCAGCGCCGCGGCGCGCCCGCUCUGCAGCUGCCCCCGCAGUGCACCUUUCGCUUUCCCAGCACGGCCAUCAAGAUCCAGUUCACGUCCCUGUACCACAAAGAAGAGGCCCCGGCGUCCCCCCUGCGGCCACUGUAUCCCCAAAUCUCCCCGCUGACCAUCCACAUCCCGGAGCCGGACCUCCGCAGCCUCGUCAGCCCCAUUCCGUCCCCGACCGGCACCAUCAGUGUCCCCAACUCCUGCCCGGCCAGCCCCCGCGGAGCCGGGUCCUCCAGCUACCGCUUCGUCCAGAACGUGACCUCAGACCUGCAGCUGGCCGCUGAGUUCGCGGCGAAGGCCGCCUCGGAGCAGCAGGCUGACACGUCUGGCGGGGACAGCCCCAAGGACGAGUCGAAGCCCCCGUACUCGUACGCGCAGCUCAUCGUGCAGGCCAUCUCCUCGGCCCAGGACCGGCAGCUGACGCUGAGCGGUAUUUACGCCCACAUCACCAAGCAUUACCCGUACUACAGGACCGCCGACAAGGGCUGGCAGAACUCCAUCCGACACAACCUGUCUCUGAACCGCUACUUCAUCAAAGUCCCUCGCUCCCAGGAGGAGCCGGGGAAGGGGUCUUUCUGGCGCAUCGACCCCGCCUCAGAAGCCAAGCUUGUGGAGCAGGCGUUCCGCAAACGGCGGCAGAGGGGCGUCUCCUGCUUCCGCACCCCCUUCGGGCCCCUGUCCUCACGGAGCGCUCCGGCUUCACCCACUCACCCGGGGCUGAUGUCCCCUCGUUCCAGCGGCCUGCACACUCCAGAGUGCCUGUCUCGGGAGGGCUCCCCCAUUCCUCACGACCCUGACCUGGGGUCAAAGUUAGCCUCCGUUCCUGAGUACCGGUACUCCCAGAGUGCCCCCGGCUCCCCCGUCAGCGCCCAGCCAGUGAUCAUGGCUGUGCCUCCCCGGCAGCCCAGCUUAGUGGCCAAGCCUGUGGCCUACAUGCCCGCCUCCAUAGUGACCUCCCAGCAGCCCUCAGGCCACGCCAUCCACGUGGUGCAGCAAGCCCCGACCGUCACCAUGGUCCGGGUGGUCACCACCUCUGCCAGCUCAGCCAAUGGCUACAUCCUCGCCAGCCAGGGCCCGGCGGGUGGCUCCCACGAUGGAACAGGCACGGCUGUGCUGGACCUGGGCAGCGAAGCAAGAGGUUUGGAAGAGAAACCAACCAUUGCGUUUGCCACGAUCCCUGCAGCCAGCCGGGUCAUCCAGACAGUGGCCAGCCAGAUGGCCCCGGGGGUCCCUGGACACACUGUCACCAUCCUGCAGCCGGCCACCCCAGUGACCAUCGGGCAGCAUCACCUCCCAGUCCGGGCUGUCACGCAGAAUGGGAAGCACACUGUGCCCACGAACAGCUUAGCCGGCAACGCUUAUGCCCUUACCAGCCCCCUGCAGCUCCUGGCAGCCCAGGCAAGUUCGUCCACACCGGUGGUGGUCACUCGGGUGUGCGAGGUGGGGCCUGAGGAGCCAGCAGCGGCCAUCACAGCAGCCCCAGCCACCUCCACCACCACGCCGGCCUCUUCCAGCGGGGAGCCUGAGGUCAAGAGGUCCCGGGUAGAGGAGCCCAGUGGGACGGCCACCACGCAGGCUGCAGUGACGGCAGCCACCGGCCCCCAAGGCCCGGGCACCGGGGAGUGAAGCCGCCUGCACGAGGGUGGAGUGGGACUCGCGCCACAGGAGCCCGAGCGGCCGGCAGUGCAGGUGGCCGCCCUCAUGGACCCGGCGAGCACUCGCAGCCACCUGCAGCCCGUGACCGGUGGCUCUGCCCUCCGCACCCAGACGAUUUCCAUUUGCCUCCUGUCCUCCCGCGGUUCGAAACAAACACAUAAACACGUUCAGACGGCUGAUUGUACGUCCUGGGGUUCUGUGUGGUUCUUUCCCUCCCUGGCACUACCGUCUCCCCCGGCCCUCGGUCACGGCGUCGGGAGUCUAGCCCAGCGCCUGUCACGGGGACCUUCCACGGCCGCCACCCACGAGCACCAGGAUGAGGACAGCUCCCCCGAAGGCUCAGCAUGGUCACACCAAAGCCACCUUCCACAGGACGGGACUGGCACGGGUUCCUGUUUGCAGUCAUCGGAAACAGAAAACCAGGAGCCGCCAGCCACGCGGCUUGACGGUGUCCUCCCCAGAAAGGACGCAGACGUCACUGCAGUCACUGAGGCGGGGGACUGUCCGCGCUGGCUUCGGAGCACACGCGCUUCCUGUUACUGCUGACCUGAGGCGGCCUCGGCACAGACCCGAGGCCCACGCGGAAGGCCGCGCGUCUUUGGGGUCCUGGUCUCUGGACUGGAGCAGCCUCGGGGGGCCCGGCCACUCUGCCUGCUAACUUCAAGAAGGACCCGUGGCUCCCACGCAAAAAGAUGAGCCGGGGCUGCUGCGGAGCGUCUGUGCCCAGCACUGGCCCAAGCAGACCCCAGGGGCCAGGCGGAAGCCAGAGUGUCCCUGCUGGCCCCGUCACAACACUGCCAUUCUGGUGGCGCGCAGUUCACUCACCACCUUUCCCGCUGUGCUCCCAUUUCCUCUGCACCCCAAAACCUGCCCAGUGUUUGAGAUUGGAACCGAAGCCCGGGCCCCGGGUCCGUGAGUGGAAGUCCCUGGCCAGCGGGCAGCGGGCUCGGCGGCUCCCAGGGGAGUCCCUCCUGUGGCGGGGGCACUGUGAGUCGCACGGAGCCCCAGCCAGCGUGGGGUGACGGUGGAGCCCCCUGGAGGCAACUUUCGGAAGCACACGGUCACAGGUGGACCACGAGAAACAGCAGCCUGGACACAGCCCUGGGACAGACCGCGGUCCUCUGCAUCACCGUCUCCACGGCACAGCAGCGUCCUCUGUGGGACCCGAGUCGCCUCAGGUGGGGGACACCUGUCAGUGACCUAGAAGCAGGGCGGGUCACCAGCUGUGGUCAAGCUCCUGGGCAGGAGGGCAGUGGGCAGGUGGGAUGAGCCUCUCGCCCACGGCCACUGUCAAAGUCACCAGCCCCACUUAGGACAAGGGCGGAGCAUCUGCCAGCGUCCUCCUGCCCAGCUGUGUGGAAGCCCUGAGUGGCGCUUCUGUGGCACUUCCCUUGAAGGGAAAGGAGCUGACGUGCGGGCUCUCUCUCUCUGUCUCUCUUCUCUCUCUGUUGGUCUCUGUCUGUCGCCUUGGCAAGGCUUCAGCAGGCAGGGUCUGGGGCGGCCCCAUGUGGGGUGACAAACAGCUGCACUCAGCCCCCGGUCUCGGGCCUGUGUGCCUGACGUGUGCCUGACGUGUGCAUGACGUGUGCGUGACGUGUGCGUGAGUCGGGGGGCGGGCACUGACAGGUGGGUCUGAGCCGCCACAGGCAAAGCCGGAGCCCCACGUGAGGACCAGUGACAGGGACAUCAGGGUUGCUCGUUGCUCCUUCCCUCCUAGUCAUUAUUUCCAGGCUGCACGUGGUCACCUCCAAGGCAGGCAGACUCUACAGGCUGUCAUGAUGGCCGCAGGAAGCCCUGUGUGGCCCCACCCAGAGCUGGGACCCCACGCGCUGUGUCCAUGCAGGUCUCUGCUGGUAGUCUUGCCAUGGCCCAUCGGCCAUCCUGGCUUGUGGCAUUCAGGCCUCUGUCCUGUCAGGGACGUGCUCACUGCUGCCAGCCCAGGGGAAGGAGAGGAGGGGACAGGGCAGGGAGGACAGGCUGCUGCUCUGGGUUUGGGGACAGGAGGGUUGUGAGGGGUGUUUGCUCAUCCACGCAUGGCCUUUGUCAGAAACUGUCUGGAACCAGUAGCCAGAGACCCAUGGGACGGACAUACAGUGUACUUGGGGCCACCAAGUCAAGACCACCAGCCGAGCUGGUCCAUGGAGCAGAGCUGUGGCCAGGCAGGGUGGCCUGGGACCGCCAGUGCAGACCAGGGCCUGAGUGACCUUUUAGGCUGUUGGUGGGCUGACCCUGGCUCUGGAGUGUCAGCAGUUCCAGCACAGACGUGGAGCCUGGGGAACCUGCCCCUCAAGGCCCCUGGGGGGCUCGGGGCGCUGGCAUGGCCCGAGGUCCAGCUGAUGGACCCACCUCGCCCACCAGGCACCUGUUACCCACCUGCCUUGCGUCACACCCGCGGGCCCCAGACUUAGAGCUGCAUCCCAGCGUAGGUCACAUAGGACAGCGAUGGCACAGGGUGGCAGGCCAGUGAUGCUCCCGGGAACUCGCGCGCCCUCCCCUGCCUCCUCGCUGUCUCCCCUUCCACCCGGGAGCACGGAGCCACGGGCACAGUGUGCAUCGUGACUGGGUGGUCACCUGCUCCCGCAGCUCCUCUGCCCUCACCAGGCCUGGAGGGGACUGUGUGGGGUCACAGUGUCUAUCAGCAGACACAGGAAGGGCCUCCCAGAAUGUUCAGGGGGCUGAGACUCACCCGGGCGGGGUGGGGGUCCCUCUUUGUAGACAGACUGAAGCGGGGUGGGGGGGUGUCCUUCUGUCCUCCUAGAUAGACAGAGCAGAUCUUACUUAGAAACAUGCCUUCACUGAAUUUGAGAAAAAUUUGGACAAGUUUCCCCUUAGCACACAGAGCGUGGAAUCCGACCUAGCUGACGGGGAGCGGCACUGCUUUUCCUCUGCCUCAAGUUCCACUCUGCACCCAGGUGACUUCCCCUGGCCUGAGGGAUGUGGCCAGUUUUGGGGUACACUACUCUAGAAUAACUAAAAAGUGCCCCAUCUGGAGCAGGAGUGACCAAGUGGGCUGCAGUUGGUCACUGAGUGCCAACAGCCAGUGCUGGCCACUGCCCUGGUUUUGGCUUAGGGUGACAGGGCAGGCAUUUGUCCCCAGCUGCUGUGUGGGCUGUCCUUAGAAUCCCGUCACUCUAUGGCCCGGCCUGGCUCCGGGCCACUUUGCCUUGGAGGUGAGCGCGGAUGGUAAGGAGGACCUCCUGCCCUCGCGUCCCUGCCCCUCACAGUCCCGUUCUGGGCUGUCUCUCGUUAGGGUUUUAAACGUCAGCACACAGGCUUGUCAUCCGUUCUUUCCGGUUUGUGGGUCCAGAGCAGGACUCCGUGCCCUGUGUUUUCUUUCUGUACCAAACGCUGCUUGGCUGGUGGCCAGAAGGAGGGUGUGGCCCGGCUCACAGGUGGCAGCGCCCCUCCCCGGCCUUGGCCUUGGCCUUGAAUGUAGUACUGGGAGUGGCAGAAGGGUCCCCUGUUUGGAGCUGCUGCUUCCUUUUCUUACCCUGCCUGUCACCAACCUUAGGGCACCGCUGGUUGGCAGACUGGGAUUUUGUGACGGGCCUGUGGCGUUUUCAAUGAACUGAAAUUAAAAAUUAAAAACAGGCCUAUUUCACUGACUUGGUUUGGGAAACUAGUUUUAGAGUCAUGUUAAAAACCAGAAGUCACCCGUGUGGUCUGGUUGUGUCGCCUGCAGCUGCGGGCGGUCUGCUCUCCAGGGCUGGUCUGGGCCCCUGUGGCAGCUCUGUCACUGGAGGGACCCUUCAGAACCAGGUCCAGGGUCCAGGGUGCAGCAGCCUCUGGGCUGCAGGGGGACCCCGUCUUUCUGCUAGCUCUGGGGCUCCCGAUGGCCCGGCCGGGGCUGCACAGGGGCAGAGGUGCCUCGUUAGUACCUUCCGUCCAGGGACAGCCCAUUCCCUGCACUGCCUGUUGGGAACAGAAAGCCCAGGAGACACCAGUGUCUUCCUGCGAUGGCCACCCUAGGGCACCCAGGGCCUCGCCAGCCGCCACUCAGAGCUGUGUGAGCCCUGCUUUUGCUCUUGCUUGGGGUCCUGUUGGGAACAGUUUGCUUGUUGGAUGUGUCCCUUAGGUCUGGGGAGCAGAUGGGCAGCACUGCCCUCCCCCCACCCCGGGGUUUCUUCCCCUCCACAGAAAGCACUUGUCACCAGCAGAGCCACAUCCAGCACUGUCCCCUGGACCCCACUGGAUUGGCUGGGCUGGCACAAGCCCCACGCCUGGGCAUCAUUGUCCCCUGCUAACUGUGCCCUGGGUAGCUGGUCCAGAUUUUUUUUUAAAUCAGUAAAAAUGGGGCUUAAAAGUGGCCCUUCGCUCCCUCCUUCCCUCCUUCCUCUCCAGGGAUGCAGUUUGGGUUCCUAGAACACCCUCACCUAGGUGGCUCGAUUCCUGAUUCAGGACAGGGAGACGUCACUCAGGUGACACCAGGACCGAGGUGGUUCCUUACCCGGCCAUAGUUCUGUAAAAAUCACUUGGGGGGCGGGCGUUCGGGGAGUGUGUGCGAGUGUGGUUUUUAUUUUCACAGUGGCUUUCUAAAGUAUUUUUAUUACAUGUUGAAUAAUCUGUGCUUUAAAAAGCAGUGGUACCCAUAGGAUCCAGUUCCAAAGGUGACGACAGUCGCCUCGAGGGGGGCACUGGGACUCCGUCAGACCCGGCUCCAAUUCAAGUGGGAUACAGUAUUUUUUUUUUUACUACGGACCCAUACUGUUUUUUUAAGAAGUUUGGAGAUCUGAAUGUGAUUUCUGAUUGUAUCAGACGUUAAUGCUUUAAAGCUAUAACGAAGUUUAAAAUUUCUACUUUUUUUUCAUUUAACUGUUCUUUUAUCUAUUAAAUUGUCAGAUGUGGAUGGGAAGUUCUGUUUCUCCUCUUAGAAUUUGUUUCUAUAACCAGAAAUAAAAUUAUAUAUUAAAGACACCAAGACUGCGUGGUCCCUGUGAGGGGGUGGCUGUGGAGGAGGAAGGGAAGGGACAGACAGACAGAUGGUGGGGACACAGCCCGCUCUGCUCCCAGGAGUGGGUGCUGCUGGGAGCUGCACUGUCCAUUUGACCUUGGCCGUUCCGUCCAGCGGAAGCAGAGUACAAGGACAAAGGAGACCCCCUCGAGUGCCUGUCCUUUGAGUCCUCUGAGCACGUUGCUGUCCCAGGGAGGUGACAAUGCUCGGGGGCCCUGCAGACGUGGCGAGGGAGGGGCCAGCCAAGCCUCCCCCUCCUCUGCCUC